ACUGUUACUUUAGGGGCUUUACCGAUGAUGCAAGUAUGAUGAGAUGUGAUGUCAUUGUGCAGGCAGGAUAUCGAUGUAAGUAACUCUCGGCCGUGUGUCUCACUCGAGGUCCCUGUUCUGCAGGUCAUGCCUUAAAAUGCAGAAUACUACGUGCACAGAGGACAGAAUCCAGCACGCUUUGGAGAGGUGUCUGCACGGACUCAGCCGGGCGGAUGGCUCCACACCUACCUGGACAGCCGGGCUGUGCCUGAACUACUGGAGCCUGGAGGAGCUUGUGAGCCGGGACGCCGUCAAUUAUAUUUUUCUGGCAGAGAAAAUCCUUGAAAAGACCAGAGAAGUUCAAGAGAAUUGCGACUAUGACCUUCUUACCCCGCUGGCCGUGAUAUUUUACUUUGCGGUCCUUCGCGCUCCGUAUAUCCCGCCAGAAUGCGACCUUCUCGGCAAAGCCUUCGAGACGUUCCACGUUUUUCUCACCUGGCCCACCCCGUAUUGCGACGUCUACCAGGAGAUGCUCAGCUUUAUUGCCGAGGAACAAAAAGCUCCAGGAAUCUCCUUCCAGCGUUUGGUGAGAGCUGAGCAGGGUCUUCUGACCAGUCCAAGCAGCUCCAGCACCAUCACGGUGCUGUUGGUGAACCCUGCAGAGCUUCCCAAAGACUUCCUUUCGGUUACAGAGCAUCUGAGCAGAGCAGAGCAAUCCCCGUCCGAGCUUUACAUCUCCCUGAUCCAGCACAUGUACCAAGCCAACCUGGGACUGGCCUGUGACAUCGAGAAACUGGGAAAUGCUCUCAAAUCAAAAAAAUUAGAGGAGUUACAAACUCUCUAUUCCGAUUUGACGGAAGUGUUGGAGUCCGCGGCAGAGACCGCCGAAAACUGGACAGAGAGAGAUGGGCUUCAAGGCAAGCUGAUAGCUAUCGGAGAACAGGCCAAAAUUCUGGAAGGCAAUACAGGGACCAGCUCUGAAGCCAAAUUCCAAACCAUCCCAUUGCCGGUCGCUAAAUGCUACACAUACACAUGGGAUCAGGACAACUUUGAUGUACUUAAUAAGAUCCUGCAUAACGAGGAGGCUCUUAAACCGAUGGUGGUGUCUCCGAGGAGCAACGUCAACGAGGAAGAGGAGGAAGAAGAUGAUGAUGGUAAUGUUGAUGAAGAAGAGGAAAUCGAUGAUAGCGGCUCUCAUCGGGAUUCUGUGUUCUCGAACAUUUAUAGACGUUAUGUCUACUGGGACAUGCCUAACGACUUGAAGGAGGAUGACCCCAUGUCCUCCAUAAGCCAUCAUUCCGUCUCCUUUGUUUCAAGCCUUUCCAGCUGCGUGGACAGCGGAUACGUGGAAGACAGCGACGAGAGCUCCCAGGAAUAUCCAGAAAAGACAGAAUACCGCGAGGAGAGACUCAACCACAAGUUUAAAAAGAAACUGUACCAGUUCUUUAAAUCAAAAAACCACCAAACCAAGAGCAAAUUCAAGUCGGACCUCCCUCCCUGCUCCUCGCACGCUCUGUUUAGCCCCUUUCCCUCCUUGCAGCAGACUUUACCAUUGCGUCGGGCUGGCAGCUUGUACACCCCUCAAGUGAGAAGAGUCCCCGCUCGGUCAAAGAGGUCUCAGUCCCUCCCUCAGCAUGCCCUCAGUGCCCAGUUCUUCGAUGCUUUGCAGAACCAAAAUGUGUCUUUGAAGAAGAGGCCAUUUUUGAGUUGUGACGAAGACAUCAAAACGUCGACUCUGAGGGUUGUCGUAUUUGGGUCAGACAGGAUCUCUGGAAAACUCGCUAGAGCAUACAGCAACCUCAGGAUGAAAGAAAGUAAUUGCCCUUUCUUAACGAGGUUUUUCAAGCUUCAGUUAUACUACAUCCCUGUGAAGAGGAGCCGUUCCUCUCCAUCUACACCGCUGACCUGCCCCGAAUCGCCCCUAAAGUCUCCCAUUCAGACGAGACUGUCCUCUAUAGAGGAUGUCAUUGGAAACGAAGAAAGCACUAACGAUAUCUCUCACUACAUCAGCAUGAUGGAUCCCUGGUACCAGCGCAACAUCCAAGGUCUGAUGGACCUUUCAAGCCCCGUCCUCUGCCAGCAGUCAUCCAAACAUGAAAACAAUCGUGAAGAAUGCAAAUCGCCUAUCCUGGCCGACAUGUUACUGUACUACUGUCGCUUCGCUACCCGCUCCAUGCUUUUGCAGCUAUACCAGGCUGAGAUCACGUUCCAUGGAGGCAUGAAACAGACAGAAGUCUUUAUCCAGUCUCUGGAGCUGGGGCAUUCAGCAGCCCUGAGGGCAAUUAGAGCAUCAGGUCCCGGCUGCAAGAGGUUUGGGAUUGAUGGAGACCGUGAAGUCAUCCCAUUUACACUACAAAUUGUAUAUAGCAAGUCAGCAGUCAGCGGUCGAAGCCGGUGGAAUAACGGGGAGAAGGUUUGUACGUCCAUCAGCUUCAGAAAAGCCUGCAAGACCUACGAAGAGCUGGAUACCAAAAUGGAGUGCUUGGAUCUAACCGUGAGGGAAGUUGUUAAAAGGCAGAACUCAAAGACCAAGCAAAGCUUUAACCAGAUAAGCAUUUCUCAAAUCAAAGUGGACAAAGCUCAGAUAAUCGCCCAAAACGGUGGAACCUUCCCCUUAUGCUUGGACCAAGAUGAGCGCAAAAUCCUCCAACGAGUCAUAAAGUGUGAAGUUUCACCGUGCUACAAACCAGGAAGCAGGGACGUCAGCAGAACCAAGAAGCUGCCGUGGUCUCCAGCGUCCCAUGAUCAGUUCUGCUCCCUGCUCUGUCUGCCGAUUGCUUCAUUCAGUGGGACUCAGAUCUAGAAGAACCAAGGCCAUGAUGCA